GACCGGCUAAAAUUAAACCCGAACCAAACCCAAAUCGGAUCGGAUUUCAAAAUACUCAAACCCGACCGGUUGCCAUUGGUAGUUGGAGACGGUGGUGACGAAGACACCAAUUUCACCUCCCCUACAUGGGUCAUGGGUGUGGUAUUUCGCAGGCAAUAAAUGCGAGUGGAGGAAGGGAAGAAGAUAUGGGCAUAUGGAUGCAAUUCACAAUUUGACUACUUCACCUGCACCCAUUCAUUGGUGUGCAACACACAGAGAGAGACACUGUAGUAGUGUGUACCAACCAGUGUAAAAAUGGCGACUCUUUCCCUUUCAAGUUACUAUUCGCCAUGCUCCUCUCUUUACAAAAGAAAUAACUAUAUUUCUUCCAAGUAUUCCCAUGGACCUCACCCCUUUAACCGAUCCACCCUUUCUCGUUCAUCUUCUCAACCCGUUUCGCAGCUAAACUACGGGUCUCUCAGCAGCUUUAAGUACAAUCCCCUCGGUGUUGCAAUUGAUCUGAAGGGUGGGAUGAAGAAGAGACUGAGAAGUGGUGUGGUUUGUCACUACUCUACUGCUUUCGCUCCCCGAAAUCUCCAAUGGGUCUCUACUAUCUCAUCUGUGGUUUUGAUGCUUGCGAGGGGAACUUCUAUUCACAAAUCUUUUCUUGUUCCUUUAUUUGUUUUACAAGCUCCUUUAACUCUUAUCUCCUGGACCAAGGGCGAGUACGGCAUUUGGACAGCAUUCUUGGCACUUCUUGUUCGCCUUUUCUUCUUCUUUCCUGGUGAACUCGAACUUCCAUUAAUUGCAUUACUCAUGGUGAUUGUGUCCCCUUAUCAAGUUUCAAGCUUAAGGGGGACAAAGGAGGGCAUUAUUCUUUCCCUGGUGAUAUCAGCUUAUCUUGCUUUCCAGCACUUCUCACGUGCAGGAAGCUUGAAAACAGCAUUUGACCAAGGAGCUAAAGCCCGUACAAAGGUGAAAGAUACAACAAUUGCCUCUUGGUUGAGGCCAUAAGCUUUGAAGCAUCACAAUUGCUCCCUCUGCCUCUAAAGAGUUUGUAAUGUGUGGAGGCACUAAAUAAAUCGGUGUCUUCUUGCAUCUUCAAUGAGCAAAUCCUCUCUUCAUUUAUUCCAACUUUAUAUUUAGAUAUGAGUUGCGAUGAAUGAGAGAAAAGAAAACAUGACUAGUAUUAGGUUUCUUGAGAAGAGGUGCGCCGAGUUAGGGGAAUCCGUUGGUGCUCCAUAAUCUGUUGGUUCUGGAACUGUUGGUUCGCCCGGUGGGUUUUGGGUGCUGCCGACAGGCGUAGGCGGGCUGCAUUGGAUAAAUUCAAAUCAUUCCAUCCAUGUGGUAGCCCCCAAAUGACAAAAAAACUUUUGUGAGACCAUCUCAUGCUAAGACAAUGGUACCCCUCCGUCCCAAAUUAUGAGUCUCAAUUGUUUUUUGCAUGCAUAUUAACAUAUUAAGAAGAUAUCCGAGUAAGUGAUGUUGGGUUGAUUUUCCCAGUUUACCUUAUAAAGAGUGGGUAACUUUGAUAAAAUGUUGUGCAAGUAGCUCGAAAUGUGAAAUAAGGGUGAAGUAGUACAUUCAAGUUAGUGGAGUUCAAUAAGAUAAGUAGACAUAC